UUUAGAAAAACAAAAAAUGCCUCAACGUUUAACGUAUCGUCGAAGAUUAUGUUACAAUACAAAAUCUAACAAAACAAAAGUUGUCAAAACUCCUGGUGGCCGCAAUGUUCUUCAUUAUCGCAAAAAGAAAGGAUCAAUUCCCAAAUGUGGUGAUACUGGCGUUCCACUUAAAGGAAUUAAAGCUGCUCGUCCUCGUCAACUUUCUAAGAUGACUAAACGACUUAAAACUGUGACCCGUGCAUACGGAGGUUGUUUGAGCGCUGCUGCCGUUCGCCAGCGAAUUAUCCGGGCAUUUUUGGUUGAGGAACAACAAAUUGCUAGCAAAUUGUUGAAGACUAAAGGAGUUGUUAAGAAGUGA